AUGACCGAAGAUCAACAGUCCUGCGGCCAACGUCGCAAACAACCUGUUGAUGCCCUUCAACUCGGUCCUAGGAAAAGGCCGAGUGCAGCUGAUCCAUUGGUACACUAUGGUCGUCAUUUCGGACGAACAGUACACGCUCUUUGCAACUUCCAAGCCCUCCUCACAAAUGGAAUUUUACGAAUGGGAGAAUUGGCCGAGACUCCAGAAGAAAACUUUACCGCUGAGGAACGGCGCGAGCAUCGUAUUUUUCAAGAGCUCCUCAAGUCUGUGGCAGGCCUGGAAGAGCGCUUGAUGCAAGGCGGAGAUGAUGAGGUUGAUGUCAUUGCAGAGCUGCUCACCAAGGGCGCCUCUGGAGCAAGGGGUGAUGACACCAAAAGCCUCAAAGGCAGUGUGCUUGAUUGGAUUACCCCCAAGGGACAGAAUCUGGUUCCUCCUCUCGCUCGAAACAUGAAAAUUGACCGCGGUUUUCAUCAUGAACGGACGGGUGCGUUACUCUGUCCUGCUGGCCUGGACUGGUCUCACUCAGAGACAAAAGCUAAGCUACAAAGUGGCGAGAUUAUCGUAACGGGAGACCAGUGGCCGCUGUUCUUGUAUGCUGACUACCAUUAUGAUUCCGAGGAUCCGUGGAAUGGCCUGUUUCGAAGCGCUUUGUUGGUCUGCGCAUAUAAACAUGUAUUCACGUCCCCCAGCUCUGUAGACAGAGAGCCAAAGGCAACUCGCUCAGGCAAUGCUCGUAUUCAUGGGAUGACCCGAAUUACUCUGCCCUCCAUCGCAUACAUUGCAACUCAGGUCCGAUUCUCCCUCACAUCAUCACCUGUUUUCUCGCGUACCGACACAGUCACAGACUCCGAAAGGUUUUACAACUCCAUCUUGGAUAUUUUCGAAGACCCGGAUGAAAAACAAGAGGUAGAUGAUCUUGCUGUAUGGUGGAACAGGCAAAUCUUCCCUUCAUACUCGACCGCUCAACGUCCUCUGGUCAAGAAUAGUGUGCUGGCGAGGAUUCGGGAGAAGCGAGCGCAAAUAAAAGAGGCUUCGGUCACUGAUGGUGGUAGUGGCAAUGCGUAG